AUUGUUAACUUCAGUAAAACCAAGAGUCUUUAUAGAGAUGGAAUGGCCCCUAUGGUGAAGUCUACCAGCAGACCAAAAUGGCAAAGGCUGCCACCUAAAAAUGUUUAUUACUAUCGAUGUCCGGACCAUAAAAAGAAUUAUGUGAUGUCCUUCGCAUUCUGUUUUGACCGAGAAGAAGAUAUUUACCAGUUUGCUUACUGCUACCCAUAUACAUACACGCGCUUCCAGCAUUACCUCGAUAGCCUGCAAAAAAGAAACAUGGAUUACUUCUUUCGGGAGCAGCUGGGCCAGAGCGUGCAACAGCGGCAGCUUGAUCUCUUGACAAUAACCAGCCCCGACAAUCUCCGAGAAGGGGCAGAGCAGAAGGUGGUAUUCAUCACAGGACGAGUCCACCCGGGGGAAACACCCUCUUCAUUUGUGUGCCAAGGGAUCAUCGACUUCCUCGUAAGCCAGCACCCUAUUGCCCGUGUCCUGCGAGAACACCUGGUCUUCAAGAUUGCACCGAUGCUCAACCCUGAUGGAGUCUACCUGGGCAAUUACAGGUGCUCUCUGAUGGGGUUUGACCUGAACCGACACUGGUUAGAUCCUUCUCCAUGGGCCCACCCGACCCUGCAUGGAGUGAAGCAGCUCAUCAUCCAGAUGUACAAUGACCCAAAAACAAGCCUGGAGUUCUACAUUGACAUCCACGCCCACUCCACCAUGAUGAAUGGCUUCAUGUAUGGCAAUAUCUUUGAGGAUGAAGAGAGGUUCCAGAGGCAGGCCAUUUUCCCCAAGCUGCUCUGCCAGAAUGCAGAGGACUUCUCCUAUUCUAGCACAUCAUUCAACCGGGAUGCCGUGAAGGCAGGAACCGGCCGGCGCUUCCUGGGUGGUCUCCUGGACCACACUUCCUACUGCUACACCCUAGAGGUCUCCUUCUACAGCUACAUCGUCGGGGGCACCACGGCUGCUGUGCCCUACACCGAAGAAGCCUAUAUGAAGCUGGGGAGGAACGUGGCAAGAACAUUUCUGGAUUAUUACCGGCUGAACCCUCUGGUGGAGAAGAUGGCAGUUCCCGUGCCCAGGCUGCGAAAUUCACAAAUAAAAGCAACUCCUCAAACUUCUGGGAAAAGUGAAGUAAAACGUAGCAUACAGUCCCAUGUAAGAAAUCAUGACAUUUUAAAGGCAAAGAGCAUAUGUGGGAGGAAAAAACAAAGAGGAAAAGUAAAAGGAAAGAAGGAGAGGAGCACUAGAAGAGGUGAAAAAGAUGACUAUGAUGGAUGUGAGCGUGUGUGUGUGAAUGCGUGUGUGUGUAUACUAGUAAUUUUGCAGCAUGUAUGCAUCUUUUAUGAGUAACUUCUUUAUAUUUGUGUGUGAAAAUAUAUGAGUUUGCAUGGCUGUGAUGUUUGUAUAUGUGCAUUACUGAGUCUUAGAUGACAGAUCAUUAUUGAUUCUAAGCACAUUUUUACAUCAACUCAUAGUCAGAGGUCCUGGGUUAAGUUUCUAUUUGAAAUUCUGUCUACUUUCUUGACAUAUCAUCCAUAUUAAUGGAUCACCCCCUCUGCCCCAGUCUCCCUGGGACUGUGCCGGGCAGGAUGUCAGGGCCAUCUCUCCUCCUUCCCAAUGUCAGUGAAGGCUGAUCCUUGCUGGGCCAGGCCCUCCGAGAUGGGGAGCUCACCACACAAACCCCCUUUUCGAUCCCAGGUGUUCUCCUGCUGAGGUCUCCUACCUCCAUUUCAGCCUUGUGUUCCUGUCUGUUUCUCUCUCUCUCCUUCCCACUUGCUUUGACUCAAUGCUGGGAAAUGAUGCCUGGUACAGUGUUACGAAGAGGAAAGAUGCUGCUCAUGAUGUUCCCAAUCCUCCCCCAAACUGCUCCCCAAGUGCUGGAAUCCAGUGGUUCCAGGGUAUUCAUUGCUGCUCGAUUUCAGAAGCACUCUUUGAGGCCCUGCUCUAAACUAGGCUGAGAGCUGGUUGGUGGCUGAAAGUGUAGUGUGCAUGAUCAUGGUGAAAUGAAUACUUCAUUGCCCUGGCCCACAGAGUAACUCCAAGGAGCUUGAGAUUCUGACUUUCUUGAAAAACAGUUGCAUGGAGUGAGAACUUUCAGACAUUUAGCCUUAUUAAUAGUGUAUGAUUUAAUUCAUUCUUUAGUCAGCUUAAUAUUCAUUCAUUCCUUCUUUUAUUUUUUUUUAAUUCAUUCAUCCUUAGGGAGGCCAUGCAGUUUGUUCAAAAAAGUACUAAUUCAGAAGCCGGAUUUUAAGCCUGAUUAGCUGCUGUCAUCUCCUCUCUUUGAACCUCAAUUUCCUCACCUGUAGAAUGGAAUUAAGAAUGAUUGCUCUUCCUUAAUCAGAGGAUUACUUAAAGGAACUUCAGAAAAAAUGGAUGUAGUGGGGAGAAAGAACUAAAGUUCUCUGGGUUUCUCCUAGAAGCAAGCACUUUGCAUGUGUCCAUUGUACAGUCACACAGUGGGGAAAGGGACAGGAAUUUGGAAGCCUAGAAAUAAUCCAUUAAGAAAUGCCCCCAACUGAAGGCUGGGGAUAUAGCUAAGCAGUAGAGCACAAGCCUGUGUGCAAGGUCCUGGGUUUAUUCCCAGCAACAGUAAGAAAACAAAAAGCCCAAAGUAGAAGGAAAAAUAUCUGGAAUCUAAUCCCACCCUGUUCCUGGCAUCAACAUAACUUUAGGAAAGUCUCCCUAAUUCUCAGUUUUAGAGAUAGAGUGUCAUACUCAGCUCAGCAACAUGGGUGCUGAUUCCUGCCUUCCAAAGAUUCUCU